AUGACUCAAAAAAUUAAGCUCUUUUGUAUUCUCGACGGCGACUCUUUCGCAUUUGAAGUCCAAUUGGAUGCUGAUGACUCAAUUGCUGCUCUCAAAGAUGCAAUCAAGAAGAAGAACGAACCUCAAUUCGACGACAUUGCAGCUGGCAAAUUGAAUCUCUUCCACGUCUCUGUUCCUGAUGAGGGCGCUACAAUCAAUCUCGCCAAUAUUGAAUCAAAGGAGCUACUCACCAGAGCAACAAGCGAGAUCUCUGAGGUCUUUGGUUCUGCUCCAGCGAAGAAAACCAUACACGUCAUCGUCCAGCGGCCAUUGCAAGUCACAGACCGUGUAUCAGAGGCCGAAUUCGUGCAGCAUGUUCUAAGCAAUAUCACUGGCACAGAUCAAACGCUUCGAUCCAAGACCAAGACCAGCACACGUCGUGUUUACUCGAUAACUCCCGCGUCUGUGCGAGAUUGGAAUGACUUUUUACCUUUGGUACGCCGUAUGCCUCUGGCAACCGAGCCUCAGUACACACGUCCUAGUUUUUCGUUAGUCAGGACCUUCACAACCGAGUCGGAUUUACAAGGGAUCUUUCGCUAUGACGUUGGAUCGGUCCGAGGCCUGCCGCCAUUUACAGACACGCGCGGCUCUUUUAGAUUGACGUACGGCACUCCAGACCUGGUUUGCUCGCGCGAGGAUAACCGGUUGGCACUGUUUCCAAUUGAAAUGAAAAGACCUGUUAAGCUGCAUCUGAAUGACGACACCAGCUACUCCGUUGCCUACCUAGCACAAGGAUCAUCGUCACAGGGCCCAGUCGGUCCGCUAAAGCAGAUUUUCGGCUACAUUAGACUUAAUGGAUUUCGCUAUGGAGUUCUGUCAACCUAUACUCAAACAUGGUUUAUCAAACGAGACUCGGCACAUGGCGACGGCAUCCUAAUCUCGCCCACAAUCCACUUUGACAGGACAAACCCGACUCUACUGCAGUGUUACCUGUGGCUGAUUCGGACGGUGGAUAGUGAUACUGAAUGGCAGCCAGACAUACCCGAUGAGACCUCAGUUGAAUACAUGCUCUCGAAGGAGCAACCUGAGGAUAAGGCUACAAAACGUGACAGUGACUUUGUUCCAGAACGUGGUGGUGGUGGAAAAUGGAAGCAAGGAUUCAGAGCCUAUUUGACGCGAAGCAAGACCAAGAAGCAGGCAACAGGAUCUAUGCAAUUGGAGAGACGCACUGUUCCAGCUUUCAAGGAUAUGAGACUUAUUACAUUUGGCGAGGGUGCGCGUACGUUCCGAGCUACAUGGAUGGGCGAGGAUGUAGUGGUGAAAAAAGCCGACAUCUGGAAGCAGUCCCCAAUUGUCGAUGAGCUGGAGCACGAGGCCACGAUUUACGAGGAGCUUCAGAUGCUACAAGGUCACUUCGUUCCCGAACUGAAGCUAGCUGGGAUCAUGGACGGAAUGGAGAUGGUUUUAGUAACAGAGUUCACUGGGAGCGACCUCUGCAAUAAGCAUUUGGAUGCAUCUGAUCGAGACAAGAUCCGCGGAGCACUCUCAGCGAUCCACGAUUUGGGUGUCCUGCACGGUGAUAUUCGACCAGAUAACAUUACAGCAAGACUUGAUGGGCAGGAUUCGCGGUUCUUUUUUAUAGACUUUGGCUGUUCAAAAUUUGCAAAACACAAUUCAGCCCUGGAUCGCGAGAUGGGAGAAUUGGAGGCGCUACUUGAGCUGAUGCCAUGGCCCGAAGAGGCGUUCAGCCAUAAUCCAACGGAUGAUAGCUUCGGGCCAUUGCCUGUUCAGGCAGGCCCAAAUACCAAUUAUCCGAAUGAACGGUUCCUCUCGUACUAA